AUGUCAUAUUCGGAACCGCCGAAAGAUGGCAGGGAAGCAGCAGAAAGGCUUCAGGCCACUGUCAAAAGCGGCAAGCCCAUCAUUGGUUCUGGUGCCGGUAUUGGCCUUACCGCCAAGUUUGUCGAAAAAGGUGGAGUGAAUUCCUUCAGCCUUUAUAACUCCGGCAGGUAUCGCAUGGCUGGGCGCGGUUCGCUGGCGGGUCUGAUGCCAUACGGCGAUGCGAAUGCCAUCGUGGUCGAAAUGGCAGCCGAAGUCCUUCCAGUCAUCUCGCACACUCCUGUCCUCGCCGGAGUUUGUGCUUCGGAUCCAUUCCGAUCGAUUCCCAAGUUUCUUCGCCAACUCAAGGAUAUCGGCUUCGUAGGCGUGCAAAACUUUCCCACGGUUGGCUUGAUUGACGGUAACUUCCGACAGAACCUCGAGGAAACAGGAAUGGGCUAUAACAGGGAGGUGGAGCUCAUGGAGGAAGCCAAGAAGCUCGGGUUGCUCACCACACCAUACGUAUUUAAUGUGGAAGAGGCCGACAAGAUGGCAAGUGUCGGGGUCGAUGUCUGUGUGGCUCACAUGGGUUUGACGACCAGCGGCAGUAUCGGAGCUCAGACUGCCAUGAGCUUGGACGAUGCUGUCAAGCUGACCUCCGAGAUCACCGCCAAAGUUCAUUCCAUCUCGCCUGAUACCAUGGUUCUUGUGCAUGGCGGACCCGUGGCAUCUGCUUCUGACGCUCAGUACGUCCUCGAGCGCGUUCCUGGUCUGGCAGGUUUCUACGGCGCUUCAAGUAUGGAAAGACUUCCCGUCGAAGUGGCUUUGGAAGAUAGCAUGAAGGAGUUUAAAGGCCUCAAGGCCUCAUCAUCGAAGUGA